UAACCAUUCUUUAACAUGCUAAAAGUUAACCUAAAUUAGUUUUUUAAUAGAUAUCAGGAAUUCACAUUGCCCGUGUGAUAAACAAACAGAUAAUAAGGAGGGAAGACAGCCUGGCGCAUGGGAUUAUCAGCAGUGUGACCUACUGAGUGACCCCGGGAGCUGCCUAUAAAUACGUCUGUGUGAGGGCAGGUGAGAUACAAUCAGCUCCGGAGUCACAUUCACCUGUAAAACAGAGAGUCAUAGACACUUCAGGACCAUGAAAUCAACUCCAAUCUUCUGCCUGAUUCUCCUCCUCUCCCUCAUCUGCAACAGGGGCCACAGUGCCUCCAUCAAUGGGAAUGAAGUCAGGGUGUUGGGAAACCAGAUCUCCGAAACUGAGAUGGAGGAAACCAAUGUUCUGGAGCCUCUAAUUAGGAGCAAGAGACAUUCCCACCUCUCCAUCUGCAUCCACUGCUGCAACUGCUGCAAAUUCAAGGGCUGUGGAAAAUGUUGUCUCACCUAAAGACUCCGCCUUCUACACCAGAGAGGAGGGACCUUAUCAAGGGACACAAUGUCUGGCUGGAGAAAUAGUCCUAACUCAUGGUCGGAGGAGGCUGCUCUUUGGAUCUUCAGUUGUGGUUGGACGUUGUCUCCCAAAAACAAGAUACAGUCUUGCCAAUUCCUAUUCUCUCUGAACCUGCUGAGGCUGAAUUUAUGUAUUUAUUUAUUAUAUUUGACACUCUCUCUGUCACACCAGUGGCCGCUCCUUUGUAUUUAUAGCUCGGUUUGUGUUUUACGUCUGAUGUUUUUAUUUGACUCUGUGGCUUUUGCAGAGAACAGUUUUGCUUUUGAACCCUGUACAUUGUAGUUAUUGAAAUGUUCAAUUAGAUCUAUUAUGGGUGUAUGUUUAAGAGGAAAAAAUAAAGAAGAAAACACUAUAUAUUUCAUAA